AUGAACAAGCUGCUGCUUUGGGUCUCUGUCCUCACCAUCUUCCUGGAAGCCUAUGCUCAGACAGAUCUCAGUGGGAAGGUGUUUGUGUUCCCCAGAGAAUCUUCUAGUGAUCAUGUGAAAUUGAUCCCAGAGCUGGAGAAACCUCUGCAGAACUUUACCUUGUGUAUCCGAGCCUAUACUGACCUCUCCCGUGCCUACAGCCUCUUCUCCUACAACACCCCGGGCAAAGAUAAUGAGCUACUAAUUUACCGGGAAAAACUUGGAGGGUACAGUCUAUAUAUUGGAAGAAACAAAGUUACGGGCAAAGUUAUUGAAGAGUUCCCUGCCCCAGUACACAUCUGUGUCAGCUGGGAGUCCUCCUCGGGCAUUGCUGAAUUUUGGGUCAACGGGAAGCCUUUGGUGAAAAAGGGUCUGAGGCAAGGUUACUCUGUGGAAGCCCAGCCCAAGAUUGUCCUGGGACAGGAGCAGGAUUCCUAUGGGGGUGGGUUUGACAAGAGCCAGUCCUUUGUGGGAGAGAUUGGGGAUUUGUACAUGUGGGACUCUUUGCUGUCCCCAGAAGAGAUCCAGCUUGUGUAUCACGGUUCCGCCUUAAAUCCUAAUAUCCUGAACUGGCAGGCUCUGAGUUAUGAAAUAAAAGGAUAUGUCGUCAUCAAGUCCCGGGUGUGGGCCUGA